GGAGAGAUAAAAAAAAUUAGAAAAAGGAAGUGUCGAUAUCCUUUGAGCGGUGUGUUUCAGGUCGGUAACGAUGACACUUCUAAUCCUCCUCGUUCUAUACCUCCACGUGGCUCUGGUUGCACCUGUGAGGAAAGUGUCUGGGUACCGGGGGGAUAACGUUACCUUGCCCUCGGGAGCCGACCCGUCAUGGACGCCGUCCUCCAUCGAGUGGUCCAUAUUCCCAAACAACACUUACAUCGCAACCUGUCGCGACGGGAAGAAGAACGUCGGGCGAGUCGAUCGGUACAGAGGGAGGCUGAGCCUCGACGCCUCCACGGGUAACCUGACGAUCCAUCAUUUGACCCCAGAAGACGGCAUGGAGUACACGGUGGACCUCAGCGGCACGGGGAAACCCUACAGCGUAUCCAAGACGAAGGUCACCGUGAGAGAACGCCUCCAGAAACCGACGAUCGGGAGCUUCCUAUCCACGACCGAACGCUGCUCCUGGUACCUGGAGUGCUCCUCGGCGGACGCGGGCGUCGACCUCUCCUGGCACGACGUGCCCGCCGGCGCGGCCUUCACCAACAUGACGAGAUGCGGCGGCGGCGACUCCACGGGCGUCGCGGCGAUGCUGCGCGCCACGACGCGCCUGGUUGAGAUAACCUGCCGCUCCCGGAGGAACGCGGAGAAUGCCUCGCGCGUUCUCGCUCUGAGCUGCAGCUGGGAGGAGCCUCAACCGACGCCGGAUCUUGGGCCUCAGAAAGAUUCCUGGUUCAGGGAGAGAUAUGCGAUUGUGUUUUUGGUGGGAAUCACAAUGGGAAUUUUACUGAUGGUAUCGAUUUUAUACAUACGUAUGCACAUGAGAAGGAAAAGGAAUGAAUUAAUGUAACGUAUUGAGAAAAGACCUGUAGGUCCUCGUGGAAACGAGUGAAACAAUCAAACUAGAGAGAUCCAACUGAAAGAUAUAGUGCAUCUUUUUAUUGUAUUUUUUAUUAUGCUUCCUCUGCUUUUCACGGCUCGUUUUUCUAUUUUAUUGUCCUGUCAAAUGGGAACAUAAAAAAAUUAUUUGAUCCUGGUUCAUUUCAAUGUUUAUGCAUAAGUUUACGAGAACCUUUGUACACACAUUUGGAGAAAAAGCCGUGUUAUGUAUAUUUACUUUUUGUACUUUUUGGAUGCUUUUGAUGAAUUGUUUCGUCGCUACGGUCAAAUUUGAUGUAUUUUGAAUGCAGUAUUGUAAAUGCAUUCACGUUAUUGUUACGCUAGUUAAAGUCAGUGCAUGAAUUUAAUAUAGCAAAUAUUUUUUUUCAUGUAUUUAUGUUAUAUAUUCAUGAUGCGUGUCUGUUGUGUUGACUACUGUUUGCAAACCAGAUUGCCCCUGAGGGAUAUUAAAGACUAUCCAAUCCCAUA